UAUCGCCUAAAUUGUUUUACAGUGUGCCGCGUUAUGAAGGCCCUGCUGGUUUUGUUUCUCGGGUUUUCUUGGUGUAGCUCAGUGCUAUGCUCUUUUCAAUGGGCUACUCUGAAAAGGUGGGAGCAGUGGAAGCAGCAGUACACGCAGGAUUUCAGUUUAUGUGAUGACAGCAGAAGAGCCAUUUGGACCUACAACUUUCAACUGAUUGCAAAUCAUAACAAGGACUUCCUCGCAGGACGCAGCAGGUUCACGAUGGAAAUGAAUAAAUUUGGGGCUAUGUCUGACUUGGAGCACUCUGCUAUGCUGGGUGUGAGAGUGCGACCAGGUCUGAGAUUUUCUCAAGUAUUUCAAGUCCCUACUACUCCAAGUAGCCUGGACUACAGAACUAUGGGCCUUGUCACACCUGUGAAGGACCAGGGUGUUUGUGGCUCAAGUUGGGCAUUUGGUGUUACUGGAGCCAUUGAGGCUCAAGUGGCCAAAACCACAGGUGAGCUGGUUUCCCUGAGUGAACAGAACCUGGUAGACUGCUCGAAGGUCAAUGUAACUUAUGGAUGUCAUGGUGGAUGGAUGGGCAACGCUUAUGAGUACAUCCAGACACACGGAAUAAACGAAGAGGCUGACUAUCCGUACUUGGCAAAGGAUGAUCAGCCCUGUUUACAUGAUUCAGGAAAGAACACAAUAACGAUUCAAGGCCAUAUUACACUACCUCCUGCAGAUGAAGACACACUGAAGAUGGUUUUGGCUGUCAUUGGGCCAAUCACUGUGGCUGUGGAUGCCAGCAACUGGAGCUUCAUGUUCUACAAAAUGGGCAUUUAUGAUGACCCCCUAUGUGAUGCUUCUCAAGUGAACCAUGCUGUGCUGCUUGUUGGUUAUGGAUCAGAGAAUGGUGUUGACUACUGGAUCAUAAAGAACAGCUGGGGUCAUGAAUGGGGAGAGAGAGGCUACAUGAGGAUGCUGAGAGGUGUAAACUUGUGUGGAAUAGCGAGCUGUGCCUUGUACCCUUUGUUGUGAACAUUUCCAUGUUACUGGCUAAUAAAGAGUAACCCUGA